AGCAGGGUACAAUGACAUCCUUUGGUCUCCGGAGCAGAGGGCUGUGCGUUCCCUGGGCGGAGCAGGCACGGGCAGCGUGGGUGGCGGCUCAGUGUCUGGCAGAUGGACUUAGCCCCUGUUUGCUCCUCCGAUAACUGAGCUGACCUUAGUUAAUAUUCACCAGAAGCCUUCCGCGUCGCCCCCCGAGUCCACUGCUUAAAUACGGACAAGGACAGGGCUCUGUCUCCUCAGCCUUGGUCACCACCCUGGCCUGGGAAAGUAAACCGACGAUGCCAUCCUCCAGCAUGUGGGGCCUCCUCCUGCUGGCAGGCCUGAGCUGCCUGGCCCCUGCCACAGUCCAGGGAGACCCGGUCCAGGAGACAGAGGCAUGCCACCACGAUUAUGAGACAGCCAGCCACAAGAUCGCCCCGAACCUGGCAGACUUCGCUUUCAGCCUGUACCGCCAGGUGGCCCAUGAGUCCAAUACCACCAACAUCUUCUUCUCCCCAGUGAGCAUCGCCACAGCCUUUGCCAUGCUCUCCCUGGGGGCUAAGGGUGAGACUCACAACCAGAUCCUGAAGGGUCUAGAUUUCAACCUCACAGAGAGAGCAGAGGCAGAUAUCCACAAAGGCUUCGAGGGUCUCCUUUACACCCUCAAUCGGCCAGACAGCCAGCUGCAGCUGACCACCGGCAAUGCCUUGUUCAUCAAUGAGAGCGUGAAGCUAGUGGAGAAGUUUCUGGAGGAUGUCAAGAAGAUGUAUCACUCAGAAGCCUUCACCGUCAACUUCCAGGACUCUGAAGCAGCCAAGAAACGCAUCAACGAUUAUGUAGAGAAAGGGACCCAAGGAAAAAUUGUGGAUCUGGUCAAAGAGCUUGACGAAAACACAGUUUUUACUCUGGUGAAUUACAUCUUCUUCAAAGGAAAAUGGGUGAAGCCCUUCGAUGUGGACCAGACCACUGAAGAGGACUUCCACGUGGAUGCGGCCACCACUGUCAAGGUGCCCAUGAUGCAGCGCCUGGGCAUGUUUGACCUGUACCACUGCGACAAGCUCUCCAGCUGGGUGCUGCUCAUGGACUAUGUGGGCAACGCCACCGCCUUCUUCAUCUUGCCCGACGAGGGGAAACUGCACCAUCUGGAGGACACGCUGACCACGGAAGACCUUGCCAAGUUCCUGGAAAAGAAACACCACAGGUCUGCCAGUUUACUUUUGCCCAAACUGUCCAUUUCUGGGACCUAUGAUCUGGAAACCUUCCUGGGCAAACUGGGCAUCGCCAGGGUCUUCAGUAACGGGGCUGAGCUCUCGGGGAUCAGUGAGGAAGUACCCUUGAAGCUGUCCAAGGCCCUGCAUAAGGCCGUGCUGACCAUCGAUGAGAAAGGGACAGAAGCUGCUGGGGCCACACUUCUGGAAGCCAUUCCGAUGUCGAUUCCCCCGACCGUAACGUUUAACAGACCCUUCCUCACCAUCAUCUACGACAGAAACACCAAAAGUCCCCUCUUUGUGGGGAAGGUGGUGAAUCCCACUAAAAAAUAACUAACUGCCUCUCUGGUGCAGCCCUCCCCUCCCAGGCCAGGUCCCCUCCCUAAGUGACAAUAAAGAAUGACUGGC